AUGGCCCCUUCUGGCACCUCCGCAGACCGCCUCGCCGCCCCUCGUGCCCACGACGAUGAGGCCACCCUCUCCGACGCGCCCCCCGUCGCCGAGCAGAACCCCGGCCAUCUCGCCAUCCGCAGCCUCGAGGAUGUUCGCGAGCCCGUCGACCCCCGCCUCUCCCCCGACCAGAGGCCCGACAACGACCGCCUUGACGAAGGCUACGCCCGCCAAAUCGACGACUACAUCCACCACCGCGACCACCAUCUCCACAAGGUCGCGUCCCACGCGACAGAGAAGGGCAAGUCAGACGCAGACAAGUCCGCGACCGAUGUCAGCCAGCAUGAGCCGCUCUAUGUUGAGUUCGAAGAGGGCGACAAGAGGGAUCCGGCCAAUUUCUCGCCGAUGCGCAAGCGCAUGAUCCUCCUGACCGGAUGUUUGUUUGCGAUCUUGGUCGCCUCAUCCUCCUCCGCUUUUGCGCUGGGCUUCGCGUCCAUGGAGCGGGACCUGGACUGCACGCACUUUCAGGCAACUCUCGGUAUCUCGCUGUAUGCACUCGGCUUCGGUGUUGUCCCCCUCGUCACCGCGUCCUUCAGCGAAGAGUUCGGCCGGCAACCGCUCUACCUCUGGAGCGGCGUUGGCUUCCUGGUUUUCACUAUCGUGACCGCAGUAGGGAAGAACAUCCAGACGAUCCUGAUUGCUCGGUUCUUUGCGGGCGCCUUCGGCUCCACGGGUUCCACCAUGGUCGGAGGCACCGUAGCGGAUAUCUUCACCCCUCAACAACGAGGCAACGCCAUGGCCUCCUUCGCCGCCGCCGCCAUCGGCGCGACAGGCGUUGGCUCCUUGAUAUCCGGCUGGAUCGAGAUGAACUCGCACCUUGAGUGGCGCUGGAUUCAGUGGAUACACGCUAUCGUCGCCGGGAUUUUCGUGAUUUGUGUCCCAGUGUUCAUGACUGAAACACGCGCGUCGGUGCUGCUCGUGCGCCUGGCCAAGAAGAUGCGGAAGGAGACGGGGAACCCCCGCUACCGCGCACGCGUAGAGGACGAGCGCGCGAGCCUGAGCACGCUCAUCUAUGUCUCGUGCACGCGGCCGGUCUACCUGCUGCUGACGGAGCCCGUGAUUAUGAGCUUCACGCUGUGGGUGGGCUUCGCGUGGGGCAUCCUCUACGUCAUGAUCGAGUCGAUUGGCCCGGUGUUCGAGACGCUCCACGGGUUCAACGCGGGUCAGGUAGGCUCCGCGUAUAUCACCAUAACGAUCGGUGCGCUGGCUGGACUGGCCACGAACGUGAUCCAGGAGAGACUGUAUGCGAAGAACGUGGCUACCCGGGGCCCUGAGGCGAGGUUGUACGCGCCCAUGUUCGCCGCGAUCCUCUUCCCCGUGGGCAUGUUCAUCUACGCGUGGUGCACAUACUCGCGCGUGCACUGGAUCGCACUCGCGAUCGGCAUCGUCCUGAUCAUGUGGGGGCUGUUCAUCAUCUACCUCGCGGUGUUCACGUACCUCGCGGACUGCUACGGCCCCUGGGCGUCCUCCGCGCUCGCGGGCCAGAGCCUCUUCCGGAACCUGAUGGGCAUGGCGUUCCCUCUGUUCACGACGCAGAUGUUCGCCAAGCUCACGUACCACUGGGCGAACACGCUCUUUGCCCUCAUCGCCGUUCUCAUGAUCCCCAUCCCAUACAUCUUGUUCUAUAAUGGCCCGGCGAUUCGCUCGAGGGGACGGUUCUCGGGGCAGGCGAUGCGACUGCAGCAGAAGAAGGAGGAGGAGACGAAGAUCGGGAACGAGACAGUGACAGGCGCCAGUGAGAAGGGCGAGAAGGAGAAGCAGGACGUGUAA